GUGUUCUCCACAAUACCAAGCAUCUUCUUCUCUCUCCCCAAACCUCAAAGUUUCAGAACUUCAGCUCUUUUUAGGGUUUUUCCAGGAGAGAAAUGAACAAGAUUGCCCUGUGAUUUGUAUUAAUUGUAAAGCCGAAGUUCCAAAUUUCAGUGAAAGCAGCGGAGAUUGCUGGGAGUGAUGGGUCAGGCAUUUCGUCGAGCAUCUGGAAGGAUUCGUGCUGUCGGACCAUCUCCGCCGUCCAAACCCAAGACACCGUUCGGCCCCACCGACGAGCAGAAGGUCUCCAGAGCUACCCAAUACGAUAAUCUUGGUCUCGAAGGUACCUCAAGAGCCAAUCCGGACAAUGUCCUGGAAGAACGAGAUCCAAAGUAUGAUGCCAUGCUAAGUCAGAUGGUUGGCAGAAUUACAUCAAAGUCUGGAGGAAGACCUGAGAUGGGUGAGGCUGCCGUGGUGGAAAAGUACAACAGGCCACUGCCCAAAUUGCGGAAUACAAAACCAGAUUCGGGGUAUGAAGAAAGGUCUACUCUCCCUGGAACCUUAAAUGUGGCACAGCUACGCCACAUCAUGCUUCUGCAUCAGGGCAAGGCUGAUGAUCAUGAUGGACCCAUGGACGUUCACCAGAUCGCAGAAAGGUUCAGAAUUGACGUUGCACAGGUCCAAAGGAUCAUACAAUUUCUGUCUCUGCCUCCGGAAGACAGCUCUAAACAGAAAAACUGCCAAUGAAGACACUUUGAUGUCAUUUGUUCACACAAACCAUAUUUUGUGCGCUGUUAAAUAAAACAAGAAUUUCGGACUAGAGUCUGAAUUUUGUGAUAUCUUUCUUGAAUUUUAUAAAGCCAAUGUUUUUUU